CACUACGACUGCCGUUGUGCGCGGUCGUCUAACGUGAUUUUUUGCGUCUCUCUGUUUCUCGUUUUUUUUUUCUACGAUUUAGAUUUCGCUGGUUUUUUCUCAAUCUCUUUGCGAUUCCUCGAACUUGAAUCUAAUCUUAUUGAUUUCACGGAAAUAUCAAAGAAAUUAUCUAUAAAAAAUUGUUCAGUUAAUCGAUUGUGUUGUUAUAAUUAAUAUAUAGUUAAUACAGUGAACAGGCAUAAAAUCAAGAAGUCAAAGUCAAUUCGAACAGGAUCAAAAUACUUCCUCAGUUCGGUUGAGAGUUCCACGAAGAGACCUCUUGGCUCGUUUCCAAGACGACGAAUCGCGGGGAAACCGGCGUCGACGACAAACGAUGCUCCACAGAUAAAUCGGCCAAAGUGGAAGGAAACUUCGGACCAUUACGCGAUUUCAAAAGAAUGUCACUGUUGGCGAGCGAGGAACAAUGGAGAAAGUCGUAAAGGCACCCCUUUCUUAUCUGUUCGGUCAUAAACAUUGGCUACACACUUGCAUUAACUACCAAAGGUUUACCUUCGAACGCUUUCACGAAUCAUAAAACGCUUCCAACGUAAAUAUGAUAUUUGAGGGAGAAAAUAUUUGAAAUUCAAUGAUGAGUAUUCAUAUCGGAAUCUUUUGUUAGAUCACUAGAACCGAACUAUUGUGGAUCAUCUUGGUUUUUUUUUUUUUACACGAGUUAAUUAUACUAAAUAAUGUAAUAUAAUCUUGAAUUCUUGAAAAAAUAUUAUCAGGAUACGUGUAAAAAAUAAUGAAAAUGUUCAACAGUGUAGCAUAUUGCAAAUUAAACAAGGGCGCGGAAAUCUCUCCCACCUUCUUCUCUUCUGCCUCGCUCUUUCUCGUCGUCUCUUUCUGUCAAGCGCACAUACUCGAAAUUCGAUGGUUAUUUUUAGAUUAGGUUUCCUCGUCGCGUAUGGCCACGAAGAGCAAAGCGGCAUCGAGAGACUCAGUGUAAGAGAGGCGUCGGUGGAGGACGCAGUGGUGACGAACUCUUUCGAAAAGUGAGAAAAAGAGCGGUGUAAUACGAGGGAGGAGAAUCGAGAGUGUAAAAAAAGCAGAGGGAGAAAAAGAGACGGAAAGAGGGGAGGGGAGGCGUACACCGACGUCCGAACGAUCUCACGAACGAACGAUCGACUGAAAUUACUUUUUUUCUUAUAUCAAGUCUCCCUAAAUCCUUCAUAACCCCAUAAAAACGAGAUCACUCGUCUUUUUCCCUUCAAUCCCAUCUCCUAAGUUCCUUAUAAAAUUUUUCUUUCCUUUGUCAUUUUUCUUACAUCUUAUUUUUUUAUUUAUUUAAUAAUUUCUUUCGACGACGAAACGAAUAAUUGAACGAAAUAACCGAUACCUCGAGCUAUGGCAGCCACCGCCAUGGAUCCAGUCGACAUUGCUAAUAUCCUCGCGCAGGAACUGCUUUAUCAGCAGCUUGUUUCCCUGGACGGUCUGCACAGCGGAGUGCCGACCAGGACGACGCCGACGUUGACGCCAACGACGCUCCGGAGUAUCGAACAGACUUUUCUGGAGCUGACCAGUGAGUCAGCGUCGCACAGUCGCGAAGCAGGGUUCGUCCCACCGUUGGUGGAACCUUCGCAACCGACGCCGGCACAAACGCAAAACACGGCGGCGCAUCACGUUGUUACCACCACCGUCGCCGCCCCUGUGGCCACCAAUACCACCCUCGUGGACAGUCAACAGACGCAACCACAGCAGCCACAGCAGUCACAACAGCCGCAGCAGCCAGCGAGGCGCAAUAUGGGUGGUAGGAGGCCCACCAGGACGAUCGGGAUGACUCCCGAGGAGGAAGAGAGACGACAGAUUCGCAGAGAAAGGAAUAAAAUGGCAGCAGCUAGAUGUCGCAAGCGUAGAAUGGAUCACACCAAUGCCCUGUUAGAAGAGACUGAGGGUUUGGAACAGAAGAAACAGAGUUUGCAAGAAGAGAUACAACAGCUGCAACAGGCCAAAGACGAGCUCGAGUUCAUCCUGGAAGCUCACAGAGCAGUCUGCAGACUUCGUUCCGCGUCUCCUCCGGAUGUGAAACCCGUGAUUACCGAUGAGCGUUCGAAUCUUAAUUUCGAACCGAUUCGAAGUUUUUCAAUACUGUGAAAAUUCGAAUCCUUCGAACAUGAUUCGAUACUUAAAACCCUUGAAACUCUCGAUAAAUCUUAAAUCUCGAAUCUUGGUAAUAUUUCGAGUCUUCGAAGAUUCAAAAGUUUAAGAUUUAUCAGGACUUUCAAGAGUCUUUAACUAUCGGAUCAUGUUCGAAGUAAUUCAAUGUUUUCACCACGUGUAUAUAAUUCGAAGCGAUUCGAAAGCGUUUCAAAGCGCAUCACUACCCGUGAUGUAGGAUCGGGAUCUCCAUACCUGACAAACAGGAGCAAUAACAACGAGGAAGAAAAAGGUACUUUUGCCUUAUCUCCCCUCGAUUCUUAUGUUUGAGGGUUAAUCCCGGAGGUAUGGAAGCAUCUACGACUACACGAGGCAGCGACGAUGAUGACGAAAUUAAAAAGAAAAAAUUGUAUUUUUAAAGAACCAAGCGAAGGGAUGCACAUCUCCUGGGAAAAAUUAAGAAUUUUUUUGUUGAACUAGGAGAGUGUGUUCGAACACGAAGACAAAGAAGUAGAGUACGCUUUAAAUAUUCAGGGAAUCAGUACAGGAUAGCCGAGUAUUGUAGGAUUAGGGCAUACCUAAAAAAUAGGAAUAAUAAUAAGGAGGAAUUAAGAGGGCGUUUUGGCGAUAGUCUCAUUUUUCUUUGACUCCUAAUUUAAUAUAUAUUUUCCUCGUUUUAAAUUAAUAUUAUCCAAAGACAGAUAAUGUUUUAAUAGAUAAUUGUAUAACGAAACUUUUUCUCUCUUUCUCUUUCUCUCUGCAUAAUACAUUUCGAGAAAAGAAUUCGACAAGCCCAUCUUCGUUCCUCAUUCAUCAUGGCGGUUCUUGUCCUCUUUGUAUCACACAUAAUUUUCCAUGUCAAAUUGUUCUUGCGUAUCAAAUAUUUUAUUCGGGAUCAUCUUCGUUCUAUUCUCGUCGAUUGUCCUCGUUCGAUCCCGAUCCUCGCGUAAUAAUAUUAUAUUCUUGGAAUCGCUCUUCACUCACAACCAAUACUCUAGUCCAAUAUAUUCGAUCUCUCUCGCUCGGUCCUCAAUCACUCGACAUCCACGUUACACUUUCACAUUUGUAAUUAUACUCUACAAAUUUGUCAUUUUCAUCAACUGUUUGUUCAUUGUAUUUGAGAAGAUAAAGAGAUCGUGUGUAUUCAUUUCAUCGAUUGAUGAAAAAGCACGCGUUUGAUUGCAUUUUUCCAAUGGUAUUGAAAGAUGAAUUUCCUGUUUGUACAUACGAGGCAAAAGACUCGUUUUUAUUGUGAGAAAACGAUAAGAUAAUAAAAAUCGACACAAUGACAA